GGUUUUAUAAAGAAAUUGAUAGGUCAGACACUUUGCAGUCGGAACCAGGAGGAUAUAUACGAGCAAGCAGGCAAGUCUCCAGAGGACCAGCAGACCUGAACACAUCCAUUGUGAUUACUGCUCAUCCAUUAGUCAUGAGGGUGGUCGACAUUGGACCGGAUCCAUCCCUGGCAUAUCGGCCAAACUUAGAAAACUCCAAGGAGAAAGAAGAAUACAGAAACUUUGUGGAUGGAAGUCUCUUCAACAGAGUCUUUAAAACAUACAGUGUGAUGCACACCAACCAGACGGUGGACUUCGUCCAGCAAAAGCACGCUGAAUGGACCCACUGCAACCACUCUCAGAUGGGAAUGAUGGACGCCAUCAUGUCUCUGGACCAGCUGGUGGACGAGUCUGAUCCAGACGUCGACUUUCCCAACUCCUUCCACGCCUUCCAGACUGCUGAGGGCAUCCGCAAAGAACACCCAGACAAAGACUGGUUCCAGCUAGUGGGGCUGAUCCAUGAUGUUGGGAAAAUCUUGGCCCUGUGGGAUGAGCCACAGUGGGCUGUAGUAGGAGACACAUUCCCUGUGGGUUGCAAGUUUCAAAACUCCAUAGUGUUCAGAGACAACACCUUCCAGGACAACCCAGAUGAGAAAAACCCAAAAUACAAGACUGAAUACGGGAUCUAUGAACCCAACUGUGGCCUUGACAAAGUGCUGAUGUCCUGGGGCCAUGAUGAGUAUCUCUACAGAGUCACAAAGUUCAACAACUGCUCCAUCCCAGAGGAGGGGCUGUACAUGAUUCGAUUCCAUUCCUUUUACCCCUGGCACUCUCACGGAGAUUACACCCACCUGUGCAACGACAAAGACCUGCAGAUGCUGCCCUGGGUCAAAGAAUUCAACAAAUUCGAUCUGUACACAAAAACCACAGAUUUACCCAACGUAGACGAGCUGAGGCCUUACUACCAGUCUCUGAUCGAUAAAUACUGUCCCAGAGUGCUGCAGUGGUGAACCAGCAGCAGCGACAUCAAAAAUCAGCUACAUGACUAAAAUGUAAA